GCCUGCCUUGACGCGUUGGGAUCACUAUAAGAUUCCAUGUCGAAUAAUAUAAUAUAAUAAUACAAUAUAGGCGAGCACUGAGCAGCCAAGACGCUUCACGCUGAGAGAGUUCUACGAUCGGAGUCGGAGGCCCUCUAUACUGCAUCUGUAUCUACGAUUCUCCCAAAACCCCUUUCUUUUGAAAAUUUCUAGUGGUGGAAAAAUCGAAUCUUGCUCAAGGUUCGAGCGAGCUUUUUCCCAUGAAGAAUCCUGUGGUUCUCCCUAAUUGCGCCCUCGUCUGCGCUUCUUUGAUAAUCUUGUCGGUGGCUCCGGCCAUCUUAGCUGCUGAUAAUGACUCCGCGAUCCUCCUCAGUUGCGGAGCUUCUCAACCGGGCUCCGACCUCGAUGGAAGGGAUUGGACCCCCGACUCCGAUUUCAACUUCUCCCUCCCUUUGAGCGGCCAUAGCGUCAAAGCUACACAGCAAGCUUCGUCGGUGCCUCGAGUCCCGUACUUGACGGCUCGGGUCUUCACUUCCCCUUUUUCCUACAAUUUCCCUCUCGCCGUCGGCGGUCGGGUAUUCCUCCGCCUCUAUUUCUACUCUUCCAAUUACGACAACGACAACUACACCUCUGGCGAUGCCUUCUUCUCUGUCACAGCUGGCCCUUACACCCUCCUCCACAAUUUUAGUGCUUCUCUUGUUGCUAAUAAUUUAAAUGAUGACUUCUUUACCCGUGAAUUUUCCCUCAAUGUCUCCACCGGCGUCCUAAACCUCACCUUCUCCCCCUCCCCCACUCAUAACAAUUCUUAUGCCUUUAUAAACGGCAUCGAGAUUGUGCCAAUCCCUGACAUCUUUAACUCCGGCAAUGCUAUGCUUAUCACUGGUGGCGAUGGCAAUUCCAUAACGUACGAGAUCGAUCCAGAAACGGCCAUCGAAACUAUUUACCGGCUCAACGUGGGUGGCGGAGCAAUCGCCCCUCCCAAUGGGGAAUUUUCCAGACUUUGGGAAGACGAUUCACGUUAUAUUUUUGCCGCUGCUUCUGGUGUGACAUUUUCUAACGAUCCAAAUGUUAGCAUCACAUACCCCCCUGACGUUCCAUCUUACAUUGCGCCAACUGAAGUCUACGCGACAGCAAGGUCAAUGGGUCCAGACGCAUCAGUGAAUUUGCAGUACAAUCUUACAUGGAUUCUUCAAGUAGAUGCUGGCUUCUACUACCUUGUCCGGCUUCAUUUUUGUGAGAUCCAGUAUCCCAUAACCACGAUUAACCAAAGAGUUUUUGAUAUCUUCAUUAAUAACCAGACAGCACAGAAAUACGCAGAUGUUAUUGCUUGGAGUGGCGGUAUCGGUGUUGCAACAUUCAGGGAUUACGUGGUGAUUACAACAGGAAGUGGGCAGAUGGACAUGUGGGUUGCCCUUCAUCCAGAUACCUUUACGCAACCAGCGUACUACGAUGCAAUUUUAAACGGGCUGGAGGUCUUCAAGUUGCCAAACAGCAGCAACAGUUUAGCUGGUUUUAAUCCAGAACCACGUAGUACUCAGACUUUUGAUAGUCCUAAUGGGAGUGCCAGUCCGAAGCAUCAUAAGGCUUUUGCUGCUGUUCUUGGUGGGUUAACUGGGGGAGUUGCCAUUUUGCUUGUUGCUUUUGGCCUUAUUCUGUUAUGCAGGCGCCGUAAGAAGCAGAAGGCGAAGGAAGUAGCCACCAGUGAGGGGACUUAUGGUGCGUUGCCUCUCUCCCUCAUCGGCAACUCACCUUUUGCUACAUCAGCCAAGACAACAAUGGAGAGCAAUGCCUCGCCGCUUCCUGCUAAUCUUUGCCGCUACUUCACCUUUGAAGAGAUCCAAACUGCCACAAAAGACUUUGAUGAAUCUCUUCUUCUCGGUGUUGGUGGGUUCGGGAAGGUCUACCUCGGGGAGAUUGACGAUGGAACCACGAAGGUCGCGAUCAAGCGUGGUAACCCAAUGUCAGAGCAAGGUGUCCAUGAAUUCCAGACCGAAAUCGAGAUGCUAUCCAAGCUCCGACACAGGCAUCUUGUUUCUUUAAUUGGUUUCUGUGAGGAGAACUAUGAAAUGAUCUUAGUCUAUGAUUAUAUGGCUCAUGGCACGCUUCGUGAGCACCUGUAUAAUACACAAAAACCACCACUUUCAUGGAAACAAAGACUUGAGAUCUGCAUUGGAGCUGCGCAUGGGCUACAUUACCUUCACACAGGUGCGACAUACACUAUUAUACAUCGAGAUGUGAAGACCACAAACAUAUUGUUAGAUGCAAAUUGGGUUGCCAAAGUUUCAGAUUUCGGACUUUCGAAAACUGGCCCCGAAAUGGACGACACUCAUGUUAGCACAGUAGUGAAGGGAAGCUUUGGUUACCUUGAUCCAGAGUACUUCAGGAGGCAGCAGCUCACUGAGAAAUCUGACGUUUACUCUUUUGGGGUCGUAUUGUUCGAGGUCCUCUGUGCUCGGCCAGCUCUUAAUCGGGCACUUCCAAAGGAGCAAGUGAGCUUGGCUGAUUGGGCACUGCACUGCCAAAAGAAGGGCAUUCUCGAGGAGAUCACGGACCCCUGCUUGAAGGGUAGGAUUGCUCCACAAUGUUUCAAGAAGUUCGCAGAGACCGCAGAGAAAUGCUUGGCUGAUGUCGGGGUGGAACGACCUUCCAUGGGCGACGUCCUUUGGAACCUUCAAUUUGCCCUGCAUAUCCAGGAAAGCGCAGAGAACAGCGGCAACAUCAUCGACGGCAUAUUCGAUGAAGCAAUACCACUCGGUAUGUUCCAUAAGCAAGACCUUAACACUCCAACGACGGAAUCAACUACUGCAACAACCAUAACCUCCACGAUGAGCAUUCAAGACCGGAGCAUUAUUGGUAGCGAGGACUCUCAAGGACUGGCUCCUAAUGCUGUCUUCUCAGAGAUCAUGAACCCUACAGGACGUUGAGAGGCCACAUCGGUUAAUGUCAUGGCUUGUUGUUAUAAGUUUAGGUCAGUUUCUUUGCAUCUGCAAGAAUGUUAUUCUGCCGUAUUGAAAUGUAAAAGCUAUAGUCAUUGUAUGAUGAAGCUUUAGUUAUUAUCACUUGAUAGGCGAUGUUUUCUAGUAA